AUGGCGUCUUUUCAAAAGGAAUUACACCAGCGUUUGCUGUUUUUUGUCGCAUUUCUGCAAAUCUCAGGUGUGUCAGGUUUUAGCGAGCUGUUUUUUAUGAAGGAACCACACGAUGUGACAAUAUUGCGGAAAGAUGCUGUGCUUAUGGACUGUCAGGCCCACGGCGAGGCUCCGAUCGCCAUUCGCUGGCUAAAAAACGGAGCAAAGCUUACAGAGACGGAGCACGUUUACCAGCUCACCAACGGCUCCCUGUUCAUCUCAGACUCGGAGAGUCGUAAAGACAAAUCAAAUGAAGGGAUCUACCAGUGCCUUGCCCAGAACAAAUACGGAUCUAUUUUGAGUCAGAGAGCACGCUUGACUAUCGCAAGUUUAUCAGCCUUUAUCCAGCAGCCAUCAUCUGUUACAGUCACAGAAGGAUCUAUUGCAAGAUUCACCUGUAAAAUCAGUGCCACGCCCCCACCAAUCAUCACAUGGGAGUUUAACAGAGUCACUUUACCAUUGGCCACUGAGAGAAUCGCUGUUCUGCCUGGUGGCAUUCUGCAAAUUCAAGGCAUUGAAAAGAAGGAUGCUGGAAACUACCGCUGCGUUGCAACCAACAUCGCCAGUCGCCGCAAAAGCUCAGAGGCCGUACUGACCGUGACCGCAGCUCCGUCCUCCAGAGCUCCUCAAAGGCCUCGUAUCAUCGCCGCCCCUCAGAAUCUUACGGUUGCGACCCGCAGUAGCGCUUUGUUGGAGUGCAUGGCUACGGGACAUCCCCGUCCUCUCAUCUCUUGGAGCCGCGCCGAUCAGAAGUCCAUCGACGUUUACAAUACAAAAGUCCUGGGAAAUGGAAAUCUGCUCAUAUCGGAUAUUAAACCACAGCACGCGGGAAUUUACUCUUGCCGCGCAACCACACCCGGAACAAGAAACUACACGGUCGCAGCUGCUAACAUAACCGUGCUAGCACCCCCAUCUUUCGUGGAGUGGCCAGAAAGUGUGACCCGACCCAGGGCUGGCACCGCUCGAUUUGUUUGUGUGGCAGAGGGGUUUCCUACCCCACAGAUCACCUGGCUGAAGAACGGACAGGUGCUUCACUCAAACGGACGUAUCAAAAUGUACAACAGUAAACUGGUAAUAAACCAGAUAAUUCCUGAAGAUGAUGGUAUAUACCAGUGUCAGGCAGAGAAUCAGCAGGGUUCAGUUCUGGCCAUGGCUCGGCUCAUCGUUGUGAUGUCAGAUAAUCGCCCCAGCGCGCCCAGAAACGUUCGUGCCGACACCAUGUCCAGUUCAGCCAUCCUACUGGCUUGGGAGAGACCCCUGUACAACUCCAACAAAGUCAUUGCCUAUUCGGUGCACUACAUGAAGACGGAGGGACUAAAUAACGAAGAGUACCAGAUUGUUAUCGGUAAUGAUACCACCCGUUACAUCAUUGAUGACCUGGAGGCCGGGCGAAACUACACCUUUUACAUUGUAGCGUACAUGCCCGUGGGUGCCAGCCGUAUGUCUGAUCAUGUCGUACAACACACACUGGAGGAUGUUCCUUUACGAGCUCCUGAGUUGAGUCUCACCAGCCGGAGCCCGACUGACAUUCAGGUGUCCUGGCAGCAUCUCUCCCAUAAACUGAGUCGGGGUCGAGUCUCAAUGUACCGUCUUUCAUACAGAACCAGUACAGAUGGAGCGAUCAUACAACAGGAGGUGUCAGGACACAGAACCCAUCAUCUUCUGAAAGGACUUCAGCCCAACACAACCUAUCUGCUCCGCAUCGCUGCGGCUACCAGCGUGGGCUGGGGCGAACCGUCCGCUUGGACAACACACAAAACACCUAAAGACUCCAGCACCAAAGUGCCCAUGGCACCAGAGCUCCAGUUGGAAACUCUGAACUGCACCACCGUCGGGGUACGUUGGCAUCUUCCAGCGGGCGGCGCCACUGACCUGCAGGGCUACAAACUUUCAUAUCAUGAAGAGAGCCAACCAGAGGGACCCUCAACCCAGAUCCCACCACAUCAGCGUCAACACACCAUUGGAGGCUUGGAUCCCAGGAAGAAGUACCACGUUAAACUGUUGGCAUACAGUGUUCAGGGUGAAGGAUAUCAGGCCGAUCAGACCAUCAGCACCCCUGGAUGUGUUUCCGUCCGUGAUCGUUUGAUCCCGCCCCCUCCGCCACCUCAUCACCUACAUGCCCAUAGUAACAGCUCCUCCUCUGUGUUCCUUCACUGGGGCCGGCCCGCUUUCACGGCGGGACAAAGCGUCAACUACACCGUACGCUGCAAUCCAGUCGGACUGCAGAACGCCUCACUUGUGCUUUACCUGCCGACUGAUGCUCAGAGUUUACUGGUCAGGGAUUUGGACCCGAACACGAAUUACGAGUUUGCGGUUCGUCUUCAUCUGGAUCAGCUGUCCAGCCCGUGGAGUCCUGUAGUUUAUCAGAGCACGCUGCCUGAAGCUCCCUCUCGCGCCCCUGUGGGAGUAAAAGUCAGUCUGAUCGAGGGAGAUUCGGCACUGGUGUCAUGGAAACCACCUGACGAACCCAACAUCACUGUGACACAUUACACCAUCCUGUAUGCAUCACGCAGAGCCUGGGCUGCUGGAGAAUGGCAGAUCCUUCAGAGAGAAGGUGGCAUCACAAUGGCUCUACUGGAGAAACUUCAGUCUGGUCAGGUGUACCUGGUGAAGGUCUCAGCGUCCAAUCAGAUGGGAGAUGGUCCGUUCUCACCUGCAGUAGAACUGACUGUGAACUCUGCUCAUGCUACAGUGUUUUCUGAUGGCUUUUAUCAUCUGGAUCAGCGUUCAGUGACCGGUAUAGCAGUGGGGGUGUGUAUAGCUUUAACCUGCAUUAUCAUCUGCAUACUCAUACUGGCCUGCAGAAGCAAAACCAGGAAAUCCUGUACUGCCAAACCCGUGAGACAAACAGGAGGACAGACUCCGCCCACUGCUGUCCAUGUGCCCAAUGGAAGUCAGGCUGAAAGUGCGGAGGUGACAAUGCCCAUGAUGAGAGACCAUUUCGUUGAUGCAAAAGGAGGAACAAAUCUCAUCAUAAACAGUUACGGGCCAGUAAAGCCAACCAAUGAGAAAAAGAAAAGUAACAGAUGGAGCUUCUUCAAGAGGGAUGAGAAGGAAGCGAAGAAGAUCCCAAGUCCCUCAUACUCGUAUCACCCAGGCACCACUCUGCUGUGUUAUACAGACACAUCACCCAGAUCCCCGCAAGAUCUGUUCGGUCCACCAGAGGGCAACGGUGAGGGCUCCCAAUCCAGUGAGGGCAGUCACGAGACGGGCGACUCUGGCCGCUACUCUCAAGACGAUACGGAGGGGAUGAACCUGUCGCUGAGUGCAAGCAGCGGCCCAGCCUCCCUGCAGGGCGAGGAGAGCGGAGAGUCCGAGCAUUAUGUGAUGGAGAAAGAGUCGCACGUAUGUGUCGAGGCCACAGAAACCUCGGCUCAGCAGCGGGUCAUGAUGGAGAGCAUCUGACAUUUUAACAUAAACCCAGGGCUCUCUGACGCCCUCUGCUGCUUCAACAGACUACUGCGUGGGAAACCCACAGGCUGCUGUGUACUGGACAACCGGCUUUAACCCCAGGCGUUCGUACACAUUUCUUGGUGAAUGUAUUAUUUGUUCCUUUUCAAUUUUUAUGAAUGAUUGUGUGUUACAUGAAUGUUUUGAUAUAUGUGACAUGUUCUGCUCAGUGAGAGAUCACAGUGAGUUUAAGUCGGAAAAGCUCCCAUCGACUUCUCAUCUACCUCACUUUACACAUGAUGGGAGCUUUCUAUGAAAUAUUUUAUAUCUACUUUAAACACUCGCUGUGCACUGAGCUCUACAUUUGCAAAUUUAAUAAUUCUGUAUUCUGUAAUUCCAUAUUUUUGGGGUUUGUGUGUUUGUUCAUGUAUGUUUGUUUAGUCCUAAAGGAUGCAUUACUUACUCAGGAUCAUAGCUUUAUCUACCUCAGGUUCACAAACUUUCUGUUAAAUGUUUAUUUCUAAGAUGUCUAUAAUAUACAAUUAAGCGUUUUGUGUCUUUCGGCGGCUCCACUCCAAAUCUAAUAAGAUUUCUCAGGUUAAUUGUUUGUGUGUUUUUGCUCUUAUAGUUUUAUACUACCUCAUUUAAAGGUUUUAUUUUUGUAGUUGUAGUGGAUUUUAUUGUCUCAGGGAUCAAGUUUAGUACAUUUGAAGAGCCGUGCGUUUUAUACAUUGACAUGGUUUGAUUGACAGGGUAUCCUUAUCUGAGGGCGCUUGACCCGUGUUGAAUGUGUUGAAUGAAUUUCUUUAUGUAGUUUAUGUCUUCCUGUUUUCUACUUUUGAAGUUACCAAAAAAUUCUGCAAACGGAAGAGUUCAGCAGAUAUAGCUUUAAUAACCGGCCUUAAUGAAUGAAGAUAUGCUCAGAUAUAUGAGGAAGAGAUUUAUUCAAUGUUCGUAAAACCAAAGAUAAUAAUUGAAUCAUUGAAAAAGUAUUCAAAUGAUCAUAAAACCUUUAUGCCUGCAAAGAUCUAUUUUUCUCGACAUAAGUACGAGUUUUAGUUAAUUUCCUAAUGCUUUGAAAUAGUUAAAGCUCUUGUAGAUUUAGAAACAUGAGUCUAGCACUUGUCCUUCAGAUUAGUUUGCUUUGUGUUUUGGUAGGUCGAACAAAUUAUCGUGCAACGGUGAUGCGCCAAUCAUACUUACAGCUGUUUGCUUCUUUCUUUUGAGAUGAUAAAAUGACAAUGAGGUUAUCAAAGAUGUUUCAUCCGGGGACCAGCAGAUGUUUCAAUAAGAGUCCAUGACUGGAGUUCAGGCUAACUUUGCCAUUUUAUGACCCAGUGAGAUGGAAAUGACAUCAAGAUAAUUGAUGGUUUAUGGUAUCUCACGAAACACACUACACCCCAAAUCAACAGAAAAUUAUAACGAGUAUUUUUUAAGGGAUUUUUAAAAACUAAAUGUAUUUAGAUUUUGAUAUUGGGGUGAAAUAUGUAAAUGUUUUUGAGAAAUGUACCCCCUAAACCAGAUAUCAGCUUCCCUCAUUAGAAUUUCAAGUGCAGCGUGGAUGUGUUUGUAUUGUACAUGGAGAUUAUAUGUAGAGAAAGAGAGAUUAUAUUAUAAAUCAUUCAUCGUUCCAUACACCUGAAAUUCUUCUUAAUCAGAGGAAGUUGAUUGGUCUCGGAUGGCCGAUAUAUUUCAAUCAAAGAGACACAAUCAAGUCUGAAUGUUUUCAUUUCAUAGCAAACAGCCCGAAACCAAAGAUUGUUGUCACCGUUGCACAGAUGAUAAUUGUAGAUUCCUUCCUUUUGCAUGUGUUUGUCAAUGUUCAACAAAGCUGUAUAGAUUAAUUUACUUGCUAAAAGAGCAUCAAGUAACCAGAAACAGUGUUACGCAGUCUUGCUUUCAAUUGUUUAUGACAUUCAAGCAAACCAAAGAUGAUUGUUUUUGUUUCCUUUUAAAACUUCUCACUGGAGGAGAAAAGAUUGUAUUUUUUGUGUGUGUGUUUUGGGAUUAAUUUAUAUGCCCUAAAUAUUGUAAAAAUACAGAAUAAAAAUUUGGGUUUGCUUCCCUGCUGAAUAUACAGUCAAAAACAGCUUUAAAGCACCUGAACCGGUUUUCUGGUCUUUCAGACUGAUCAGCUGACAUGUGGCCUUUAAAACCAGCAAACCAGAUCUUCUGGGAGACCAGCUAAGACCAGCAAACCUGUUUAAGAUGUCCUGUUAAGCAUGUUUGAUCCUGAAAUGUUGUUUUUAUAUGACUUUCCCUUGUUUUAGAACAGUAUUAAUCUGUUAAAUUGUCGUAUGCAUUGUGAAUUGUUUGUUAUUUUACACAUCGGUUCAGAAAUUCAGCUAAACACAAUUUUCAGAUGUUUGUAAAUUAUAAAGGGGUUUUCAUUCUCAAGCAGCACACCCAAACUGAAAGUCUAGUUUUAUUUUGUUGCUUUUCUGUUGAAUUUUUUAUCUGUUCCUAAUUGAAAUGAGAAAUGAAAGAGCUUUGUAAACUCCUCCAAGAAGAAUCAGAAAGUUUAAUGCAGUUAAUGUGUUUCAGAUGCAGUAACCACAUCUAUAAGCCUUAAAAACUGAAUGUAUUUCUCAAUAAUCACGAUUCUUCUUUACAUUCUUUGUCUUCCAUUUCAAAGACUUGUACCAUGUGUUUAUUAGAAUUUUUUCCUGUUGAACAAUACGGUGUAACAUUUACGUUAUGCAUUAAGUUACAUCUCACAACAAAAUAUGUUUGUUUAUAAAGAAUGAUUUCCAGUUUAAAUAAAACUAUCUUGAAAAUG